AUGGAAGCUGAGCUAUCCAUUCUGUUCGACGAUGUACGCAUCCUUCAGAUGGGGAGGAUGUUCCAAUUGGCAGCAACAUUCGUUGUCUUGUACGAUCAUGUGCUCUGUUGUCAGCAAGAAGUAGACUUGAUCUGGAACAGAUCAAAGUCUCUUGUGUCAUACCUCUACUUUACGGCGUUUGAUGCUGUAACUCCGGCUCAUAGACCCGCUACUGGGGGGAUGCUAUCUCAAUUGCAAUAUGUUCGGCUUCAUCUUUUCGGUCUUGGCCGUAUUCUAUUUCACUUCCAAUCCUACGGGCCUUUUGUGCCAGUAUGGGCCACACAAACGAUCAUGCAACUGCGCAUUUACGCUAUGUAUCGCAAGUCCAAUAAAAUUCUGGCGUUCACGGGAGUCUUCUUUGUGCUUGAAAUUGCAGCCAUUUGCACGGUCCUGGCGCUCAACUUCGAUCACGCCUUAACAUACACCAAUGAAGCCAUACCCGGGCUUCUCAACAUGUGCGCAACGUCGACUAUCAAUAGAAGCUUCACGGCCAUCUACGUGCCUAUCUUUUGUUUCGAGCUUCUACUUUUCGUCCUUGCCAUAUUCGUUGUGCUCAAGCAUAUGAAGAACACCCGUACAAUUGCUGGGAAGAGACUUCACAACACGAUGGCAACACUGGUCAAGUACAACACGAUCUACUUCUUCGUUGAAAUGGCUGGAUGUGGCAUCGCCACGACGUUGUAUCUUGGUCUUCCGGUAAUGUGGUUCUUGACGAUUCACCCUUCAGGUCAUUUAAGCUAUUCCAUUCAGUCAAUUUACCUGGAGAUCACAAAUUCAGUGCUUAUUGCAACUACGAUCAUCCUUGGGAGCCGACUCGUGCUUGGCACGCGUAAUUUCUAUUCUGACCCAUCCGUGGAAGAUGGUUCGGACCUGAGCCACGGGACCAGUCUGAGCCCUACAUUCACCCAACCUUCAUCAUUUGGGUCACUAUCCAGUCAUAUAGAGAUGUCGAUGAUUGGUGGCAAGGGCCAUCAUCUGGAUACAAGUGAUGACGCUGUAUAAAGAGCUUAUUGUUUGAUCCCUAAUGAUCGUGUCGUUUACGGCGUGCCUGCAUACUUUCCUUCUUAUUCAACAACGUAGAGCAAUUACUUCAACAAAAUAUCAAUAUGCUAUGAUUAAUUGCCAUUUGCUUACAACAUGUGUAAAUACAUAAAGAGCACAUUUUUUCCUGUUCGACGCCCAGUGACAGUGUUCGCCGUCUUCUUUGCUAGUAUUAGUAGUUCUCAGGUCAAAGCCCACCAUCAGCCACAAGACCCGACUCAACAUCAUGACCCUCACGCUACUAGUUCGUAACAAGCUGGUCCACGGAACUAUGAACAGCUGG